UAAGCCGUCUUUGGCACAGGCCGAACAGAACAGAAGCGCUCCCUGUGAGUGACGAACGUCAGGCUGCUUGAGUGAAAAGCACAUGGCACCGCGCGGCCUUCAGUUUGGCAGAUGCUAAAAGCAUGACUGAAGCUCUGGCAGGUGGCGGCCGCCUCCUCCCUCCGUCCUCAGCUGGGAUGAGAGCACAGCGACGGUCGUUGUUCACGACGAUGAUGGCAAUCGCUGUCACCGUCUCCCCGUUUUCUCCGCUAUUUCCAUCCAUCACUCUGUCUCACACUCCUCCCGUCUUCAUUUUUCUCCCGCCUCCUUCUCACUCGCCAUCAGACGUCUGGUUGAGGAGACGUGGAGCGAAGAAAACCAGGAGGCUUCUGCCCUCCUGGUUUUGAUGGAGUGACUGGGUCCAGGUGAUGAGCCGUGAUCGAACAACCUGUCUGAGUCGAAAACCACCAUCAUAGGAUCUGGUCUCCUUGUGGAUGAAGAGGUGGCUGAUCCAUUCCCCGAUGCUGAGAUCAUGGUACGAGCUCAGCUGAAACACCCGCUGAAAUCUGCUAAGCCUCGAAAGGUGAAGGGAAGCGACACAAAAGGAGGUGCAGUGGGAAAAGGGCAAGUGAGAAAGAAUGAGCUGCGAGGAAAGAAAAGGAAGAAUAAGAAGGAGUUGCAUCGACGUCGGAAGAAAUCGCUGGCAGUGAGUGAUGGAGAUGCACUGGAUUGUUGUGUGCUGCUCACCCGUCUGGAGGAGAAAGGAGGCGUGCGCAAACAAAAGCAUGAAUCAAAAGCUGGGAAACAAAGAAGUGUGAAAUUCAGAAAGAAGCUGCACUCUUGCUCUGUACAAAGGACCAAAUGGGGUAAAUCCGUACGAAGAAAAGCUUCCAGCGCAAAUCAGCAAGCACUGGAACCAAAACUCAACCAGUCUGACGCCUUACCCACGUUGCCCCCACUUGUCUGUGAGCCUCGCAGAAGGCGAAUGGCCUCUCUCAACGCAGAGGCCGUUAACAGUUUGCUACUUUACAGAAGCGACUCUUCAGCGUCAAACCACAUAAAGAAACGUCAGCUGUCUAAUGGCGAACUGGUUAAAGAUGAGCCUGAAAGUAGGAGUCAUCUAACCAAAAAGUCUUCUGCAAGAGGGAAUGCAGAGCCAAGCAAUAAACUGAAAAAGAAGAAGCGGUCUGCGACGGAUGCUUUGAGCAUCGACUGGUUGAGUUUGUUGACCCCAACGCCUCGACGCCAGGCGGGUCUCACUGCUGCAACACUCCUCAAACUCACCAGUACCCCAUACAGAACUAAACGGGAAAAAAAGACCGAUUGCAAGGUAGAGGUGGCAGCCGAAAGUUGGGAUGAGAUUAGAUGCAAGUCUGUAAGCGAACGAUCAACUAAGACCAAAAGAUUAACACAUCCCAAGCAUGAUGAGCACCUAAAGCACAGAAAACAAAGUACACAAGAUCCAGUACCUUCCCAGCUCAGCUCAGACAUCCAGGGAUGCUGUAGUCUGUGCAAAGCAGCAACUGUGGAUCCAGAAUGGAAGGGGACCACAGGCGGGCAGGAUUGUCUUAACCAUGUGUCCCAUUGCUGCUCUUUGCUGGGGCCUUCUUUAAAAACAAUCAAGGAGGAACACGUGGAGACAGAGGUGACUCAUUGCUACUGCUGCACCCAGGAGAGGUGUGUGGAGUACUGUCACAGACUAGCCCUCUUCCUGGAAGACAAGAACUUCAAGAAACCCGAGGACAGCUCCCUGUCUGAGGUUUUCCACCAUCACCAUCAUCACCACCACCAUCACCACCACCACCAUCUUCAGUCCCCCCACUCUGUAUCCCACCCAGCAACAAUAGCCAUCAGCUCGCACACUUGCACUUGUUUUCCGAGCUACUAUGUCCACUUCCGCCACCCCAACACACCACCCUCUGCCAUAGCCCCCCUCCCCAUGUGCCCAAGAACUGGCAAAAAGCCCAAGCUAAUCCCCAACACUAGCCCCCAGUCCUCAGGGAUUUCCCAUCCGGUGUACUGCUGCGCCUCAGUGGAAGCGUGCUACGGCGAGCCCUGCAGGAUCACCGGCUACUCUGCCUAUACCAGUGUGAUUCCAGCCAUCGCCAGAGGGGGGUGCUCCUUCAGUUCCUCAGAUUGCAACACGUGCACCCACUGCAUUAAAAGAGAUGACUAUCCAUCAACCCUCCAAGACCACCAUAGUCCGUCUUCAAUCCCCAUCUGUCCCAAUCCUAAAGUCCUCACGGGCUGCCCCAUUCCCACAGUGCCUCCAGCCGGCCAAUCAGUGCCCCACGUUCAGACUCCGCUGUCUGACCCCAGCCAACCGCAGCCGCCAUUGCAGGUGGCGAAGGAGUGUCCGCAGAUUGCCAAGCCACCCAGUGGGUCCAGGUCUGGCACACGCGGUGCCAGCGGCCUCGCCUCAGCCGUCUGCCCUCUCAACAGAGAAAAGAAAGCAAAGCUCUGCUCUGCCAGUGCCGGAGGGCGGACGGUUGCCAAGCAGCCAAAGACCAGCCACCAAAAAGCCACCAACGGCUGGCAAGCAGUCGGCCUGCCCUUUCAGAAGGAAGUUUUUUCUGUGGGCGAGGAGGCUCUGGUGCCGAGGAAGUGUUUUCAGGGAGUCCAAAGGGAGGGGGAGCUGAUUCGGGUCAGGGACACUGUUCUACUCAAGUCUGGACCCAGGAAGAAGUCUCUGCCUUACGUGGCCAAGAUCUCCGCUUUGUGGGAGGAGCCAGAGUCAGGAGAGCUGAUGAUGAGCUUGUUUUGGUACUAUCGUCCAGAACACACACAUGGGGGACACAACCCCAACUUACAUUGUGAGAAUGAGAUCUUUGCGUCGCGUCAUCAGGAUGUCAACAGUGUGGCCUGUAUUGAAGACAAAUGCUAUGUCCUAACGUUGGCACAGUAUUGUCGAUUUUGUGCCUUGGUGAAACGCCAUCGGGAGGGCGUACGUGGCACAGCCGCCUCCCUCGUGGUGCCACCCCCUGUUGGCAAUGCCAUGCCCACCCACCACUGUGUGCCCGAUGACAUCGACCCAGAACUGGUGUUUUUCUGUCGACAUGUCUAUGACUUCCGCUACGGACGCCUCCUCAAGAACCUACAGUAACGUUAAAGGACGUGAGCUAAUGUGUCUCUGCUGAAGUGAGUUCCAUCUGUCACAACGUUAACUAGCUAAACUACCUACCUGCUGAGAGAGGACGUGUGAAAUGCUGUCGUACAGAUACAGGGUGUUCAGGAUGAAGGUUUGCGAGAUGAGAUUUGAAAUCUUUCUUUUAGACACACUUGUUUAGCUGAGCAACGUAUUGGGUAAUGUGACCGCUAAAAUGCAAUUACGCUACAUGUUGCUGGUGUCGUAGCAGCUGUGUGAAGAACCUGGAACCUUCUCUGCUGUAGAAAUGCUACUGUAGCUCUUAGAAAUGUGACAUUUGGUAAAUGCAAAGCGACAUCUGUGUUACACGUGAAUAGUGUUACGACCUACAAAUGUCCAUCUGUGUCUCAGCGAUAGUUAUUAAGAAAUUCCUGUGUAUUUUAACACAGCUGGUGGCAGGAAAUGGCAAGAAACAAACGAUUUGUGAGCGGAUGACGACUGAAGGUCACUUUCACACCGACCAUAAUUGGUUUUAUUUAGUCGGCCCGCAGUCUGUUCUUGUGGCAGGAGCAACCAAACGUUCAAGCUCCAAUGCGGCGCUUGAAGACGAACUGUGAUCCUCUUGAAAAGACAAGACGUUGGGUGUCUACACAUCAGCACGUUUUAGUCCAGUUAAACCUGAACAUUCGUUUUCCCUCUUGGUACCAUUUGAUUGGGUACUUCUGGGCACGGUAACCGCAUUUUUGUGCAGGCAAAAACAACCGGACCGAGACCUGUGAGAGGAAGUGGUCUUGAUCUGGUCUAAAACAAACUAUGGGGUAAUUCAUUGGUGGUGAGAACACAAACAAACAAACAAAAACAACUAGACUAAAUAAUCAAUCCAGGUGUGAGUAAUACAGGCUAUAAAUAUUUUUUGCUAGUAAACGGCGGGUUGGUGUGGCCUGGAAACACACAUGACAAACACAACGAUGCACAGCUUUUGAAAAGCAACAAAAAUAUAAGGCAACACGUUAAAGUGUCCAGUGAAUGAGUUACCAAGAAGAAUUAAAGAUUUCCCACUCAUCUGUACUACAGUGUCACGUCAAUAAAUAAA